AUGGCCCUUCGAGCAGACAACUUCAGUAGAGAAGCAAAGAUGUUGAGAAAUAACUUUAGAGUUAGACCAGUGGUAUAUACCUUGGCUCAGGUCAACAGAAGAGCCUUCACUAACACUACAGCUAAAUUUUUCUUUGACAAAGCACCAUCACCAGAGCAACAAGAACAAGCAUUUAGCAAGGUUAAAAAGAUUUUGUCAGAGAACCCAGAAUUGAUGCAAUUGACAGUUGAGUUUAAGGAAUUGUUGAGCAGAAAGGGUCUCUUGUCCUCGGGAAAGCCAUCGAUCACUCAAAUGAUGAAAUUAUUGGCCGACAAGGAAGUGAGAGAACAUGGUGCUAAAUUGAAAAAGUUUUUGGACUCGCAAGAGACGGGAUUGACUCAAGAAGAGUUGGCAACGUUAACUGGUGCUUACAUGUUUCAAAACAAGGAUCUCAAAUAG